AUGAAAUAUGUGAAGUUAGGUUACCAUUACCUAAUGGCCCAUCUCCUCACCUUCUGCCUUAUUCCUCUCAUGGCUAUUGUAGUGUUUGAAGCUUCACGGCUAAACCCUAAAGACAUUCAUCAACUAUGGCUACAAAUUCAGUGCAACAUUGUGAGUGUGAUAACCUGCUCUGCCUUCCUUGUUUUGGUUGGAAUCGUUCACUUCAUGACUCGUCCACGACCCGUUUACCUUAUCGAUUUCGCUUGUUACCUUCCUCCAUCUGAACUCAAAGUCCCAUUCGAAAAAUUUAUGAAGCAUUCCAAGCUAACGGGCGAUUUCGAUGAGUCAUCACUUGAGUUCCAACGCAAGAUCUUAGAACGAUCCGGGUUGGGUGAAGAGACUUAUUUCCCUGAAGCAAUGCAUGCUAUCCCUCCACGUCUCACUAUGCUUUCAGCUCGUGAGGAAGCUGAACAGGUUAUUUUUGGUGCUUUAGAUAUUCUUUUCAAGAAUACCAAUUUUAACCCUAAGGAUAUUGGUAUCCUUGUUGUGAACUGUAGCCUCUUUAAUCCUACUCCAUCUCUUUCUGCCAUGAUCGUAAAUAAGUACAAGUUGAGGAGUAAUAUCAAGACCUUCAAUCUUGGGGGAAUGGGUUGCAGUGCUGAAGUGAUAGCUCUCGACAUCGUCAAGGAUAUGCUACAAGUCCACAGGAACACCUACGGCGUGGUUGUCAGCACGGAGAACAUUACCCAGAACUGGUACUUCGGAAACAAUAAAUCCAUGUUGAUUCCCAACUGUCUCUUCCGUAUGGGUUGCUCCGCCGUCUUGUUAUCCAAUAAGUCCGGCGACCGUCAACGACAGCCAAAGUACAAGCUGCUUCACCUAGUGAGGAUCCACAGUGGGGUCGACGACUCUGCAUACCGCUGUGCAUACCAACAGCAGGAUUCCGUAGGAAAGACGGGCGUCUCGCUGAACAAAGAUUUGAAAUCCAUCGCCGGAAAAGCACUCAAAGCCAACAUCACCAUUCUGGGUCCACUUGUCCUUCCAAUCAGCGAACAACUCCUUUUCUUCUUCAAUCUGGUGGUGAAUAAGUUGUCCAUUGAGAAGGUGAAACCAUACAUACCUGAUUUCAAAUUGGCCUUCAACCACUUCUGCAUUCACGCUGGAGGGAGAGGAGUGAUCGACGAGAUGGAGAAGAGUUUAGGGUUGUUGCCGGAGAAUGUAGAGGCGUCAAGGAUGACGUUGCACCGAUUCGGUAACACGUCAUCAAGCUCUAUAUGGUAUGAGUUGGCUUACACGGAAGCCAAAGGAAAGAUGAGAAAGGGCAAUCGUGUUUGGCAGAUUGCGUUUGGGAGUGGAUUCAAAUGUAACAGUGUGGUUUGGGAAGCGGUUAAGCAUGUGAAGCCUUCUCCAAACAAUCCCUGGGAUGAUUGUAUCCUCAAAUAUCCUGUUGAUUAUUAG